AUGCAGCUCAAGCAAGUUCUUUCUCUUUGUCUACUCGGAGCCUCUCUGGUGUCCGCUCAUCCUGGCCACGAGGAGAAGCGGGCAUCUAACGAGCUGCUGGCGUUCAAGGCGCACGUCCGUCGCGGUCUUUCGCUGUGUGCGCGCUCUUUCGAUGAGAGUGGUCUCAAUGCGCGCGCCAUUGCUCGCCGUGCGAAGCUCGCCAGCGAGUACCGGCGCCGUAAGCUAGCCGUUCGUGACACUGACGACGUGCUCAACACCUCUCACUUGUCCUCGGCCGACUACACGACCUCGACCGACGAGACAGAAAUUUUCAGCAGCACUGGAACCUGUGUUCUCAACCCCGAGGGCGAGACAGGCCCAUUUUGGGUUAGUGGAGAGCUGAUCCGCUCGGGCAUUAUCGAGGACCAGGCCGGUGUCCCCGUUGUGCUGGAUAUUCAGUUCGUCGAUGUCAGCACCUGCCAGGCCGUCGAGGGCCUGUACAUUGACACCUGGAGCUGCAACGCAACCGGUGUGUACUCUGGCGUGAGCGGCAAUGGCAACGGCAACAGCGCGGACACCUCCAUUCUGGAAGAGACCUUCUUGCGUGGUAUAGCCAAGACGGAUUCGGAUGGUGUGGUAUCUUUCAACACGCUCUUCCCCGGCCACUACUCGGGCAGAACGACUCAUCACCACAUCAUCGCCCAUCUGAAUGCCACCUUGCUUUCCAACAACACCUUGACCGGCGGCACAGUCCCCCAUAUCGGCCAACUCUUCUGGGACCAGUCCCUCAUCGACGAAGUGGAAGCUACCGCCCCCUAUAGCACCAACACUGUUGCGCAGACCACCAACGCCGAAGACCGCGUCUUCUCGGACGAGACGUCUGGCACCACCUCGGAUCCAGUGUUCAACUACGUUCUCCUCGGGGACAGUGUGGAAGAUGGCUUGCUGGGCUGGGUCACUGUGGCGGUCGACCUGACAGCAACCUACACGCCUAACUACAGCUUCGUCUACACCUCCAGCGGCAGCGAGGCAAUAUCUGGUAAUUCAGGUGGCAGUGGUAGUGGUCCUGGCAGCGGCAGCAGCGGUCCUUCUGGUGGCAUGGGUGGUGGACCUGGCGGAUUCUGA